AUGUCAGAAGAUCCACAGGAACCAGUAACGGUUCAGACACUUAUAAAGGAACUAUGGACAUCUUCCACCAGUGAGGAUUGCGACACUGCUGCUCAUCAGCUUGCUGAAAUCAUAAAGAAGCAAGGUAUCGCAUCCCUGAAGGUACAUGGUGUUCUUGAGAGCUUUGUCAACGGAGCCAAGAACAAAAAAAGUGGCCUAGAGAGAGAGGGUGCUCUUAUCGGAUUCAACGCUCUGGCAGAAGUCUUGGGUGCUCAAAGCGAACCUAUCCUGCUUCCCUAUGUCCCUAUCAUCCUUGAUUUAUAUGCUGAUAAGGGAUCUGUUGUACAAGAAACCGCUGAACUAGCUGCCACCAAUAUUGUCAAAGAUAUUCCAGCAGAAGCUUACAAAGCCCUCUUGCCUAUUAUAUACGAAGGAUUGGGUGUUAAUGGAUCCAAGAAAUGGCAGACAAAGGUUGGAGCUCUCAAGAUGCUUACCCGCCUUGGAGAGAUAGCCCCAACACAAAUCGCUUUAUCGCUGCCAGAACUUAUUCCUAUUGUUUCCGAUUAUGGAUUGACAGAUACAAAGAGUGAGGUUGAGAAAGCAGCAAACGAAACCAUGAUGAAGAUCUGCUCCGUUGGAGGCAAUGCCGAUAUCCAGAAGCAUAUGAAGGAUCUUGUCAACUGUAUGGCUCACCCUAGUAUUGUUACUCAAACCAUCGCCAAAUUGUCAGCCACAACCUUUGUUGCUGAAGUCGAUGGCCCAUGUCUUGCUGUUAUGGUCCCACUCCUUGUCCGUGCUUUGAACGAACGAUCUACUCUAACUUUACGUCAAACCGUUGUCAUCAUUGACAAUUUGUGUAAACUUGUCAAGGACCCUAAGACAGCUGCUCAGUUCUUGCCUAGUUUGUACCCUGGAGUUGACCAUCAAGCUGAACAAGCUGCUUUCCCUGAAAUUAGAGCUUUGGCUACUGCUGCCAGACGUACUCUUGUGAAUGCCGGUGGUGGUGCCAAGAGCGAUGGAACUGCCGUCGAAGAAACCGUCGAUGAUAAUAUCACUCCAUCAGAAGAGGAGGCUCUCAAGAUUGUGAAGCAAAAGAUUAGCAAGGCUCAAAAUUUCAUCGACUCUUUCUUCAACCCCGUCAUCAACUACAUCAGUUUGAUUACCAUUGAGCUUGUCCGCCAAGAAGUCUUUAGCUCAAAGACAUGGUCACAGCUCUUGUUACCUUACCUCCGAUCUUUCUUAUUGGAAAAGGAUGCAGCCAAUGUCUGCCAUGAUAUCCACCAUUACUACCAUGAAUUGGACUCCGCUCGUAAUAGUGAUGAUGAUGGUUUUGACGACAUGGAAGGAGAAGAGUUGUGCAAUAUCGAUUUCUCUCUCGCUUAUGGUGGUAUGAUGUUGUUGAAUCAUACCAAGUUGAGACUGCAUCGUGGCCAACGUUAUGGUCUCUGCGGUCAGAAUGGUGCUGGUAAAUCGACUCUUAUGCGAGCUAUCAGUCAAGGAAAACUUGAAGGCUUCCCCAGUCAAGAUCAACUUCGUACAGUUUAUGUUGAACACGCCUUGCAAGGCGAAGAUACGACUGUCCCAAUUUUGCAAUUUGUUUGCUCUGAUCCCAAGCUCGCUGGUGUCACCGAGGAGCAAGUUGCUGAAGGCCUUCGCAAAGUUGGAUUUACCGAUGAGCGUCAACAGGCCCAAGUUGGAUCUUUGUCUGGAGGCUGGAAGAUGAAGUUGGAAUUAGCUCGUGCUAUGCUUAUGAAGGCUGAUAUUUUGCUACUUGACGAACCUACUAACCAUUUGGACGUCGCCAACGUAGAAUGGCUUGCAAACUAUCUCAUUGAUGAAAAGAACGUCACUAGCGUUAUCGUAUCCCACGACUCUGGAUUUUUGGACAAAGUAUGCACAAACAUUCUCCAUUAUGAAAAGAAGAAGCUUCGAUUAUACCCUGGUAACCUCACUGCGUUCGUUGGCGCUCGUCCCGAGGCAAAAUCUUACUUCACUUUGGCUGCCACCUCUGUCAAGUUCCAGUUUCCUAAGCCAUCUGUCUUGACUGGUGUUCGAUCCAACACGAAAGCCAUUCUCAAAAUGACCGAUUGUACCUAUACUUAUCCCGGAGCCCCACGGCCUUCCCUCAAGAAUGCCUCUGUUUCUCUUUCACUUGGAUCUCGUGUGGCUGUUCUUGGUGCCAACGGUGCUGGCAAGUCUACCAUGAUCAAGUUGUUGACUGGUGAAAUGACCCCUCAAGAAGGCACUAUUUGGAGACAUCCUAACUUGCGUAUUGGUUACGUUGCACAACAUGCCUUCCACCAUCUUGAGCAACAUUUAGAGAAAACACCUUACGAAUACCUUAUGUGGCGUUACCAAGGAGGUGAGGAUCGUGAAGUUCUUGAAAAGGAGACCCGUAUCUGGAGUGAAGAAGAACAAAAGCAGAUGGACACCUAUGUCAAUAUUAAUGGAGAGAGUCGCCAAGUCGAAUUUAUCAUUGGUCGUUCCAAGCUGAAGAAGACUUUCCAGUAUGAGAUCAAGUGGAGAAAUCUUCGACACCAGAAGAACACCUGGAUCCCACGAGAUAAGCUUUUGGACCUUGGUUUUGGAAAACUUGUACAACAGUUUGACGACAAGGAAGCCUCUCGUGAAGGUUUGGCUUAUCGUGAGCUCACCUCUUUGGCUAUUCGUCAACACUUUGAAGAUGUUGGUCUUGCUUCUGACAUUGCCAUGUACAACAAGAUUGAACAACUUUCUGGUGGUCAAAAGGUCAAGGUCGUUAUCGGUGCUGCCAUGUGGAACAACUCCCACAUGUUGGUCCUUGACGAACCUACCAAUUUCUUGGACAGAGAAGCUCUUGGUGGUAUGGCUGUAGCCAUCCGUGUUUGGGAAGGAGCUGUUGUUAUGGUUUCUCACUCCACAGAGUUUGUUGGAGCUCUUUGCCCUGAGCAUUGGCAGAUUGAAGCAGGAGAGCUUACCAAAUUAGGCAAAUCGGCAAUUGUAGAGGACAGUGUCCAAAUUGACGAAGAAAAAAUUAGAGCCAAGAACAAGAAGAAGAAGAAGAUGACUCGCAACGACGUUAAGGAGCAACAAAUUAGACGUAGACAACGGCACCUUAAGUGGCUCGCUGAAGGCGGUGAAAAGGAAGCCGAUACCGAUAGUGAUUAG